AUGGACGCCGCAGAAAACUUGGAGCAGGUUUUUUCUGUGCAUAUGGCCGCUCCUGCGUUCUGUGCAUAUGGCCGCUCCUUGGACGCCAUUGACCAACUGCGGAUAGGCCUAGUGGAUGUUGGACUUGGCUUCUUUUCAGCAGCGUUUGGAUUUGUUGCCGGUAAGUACUUGGCAUACCGUGCCAAGUGCCUCUUCAGUGUGUGGACAUUGUGCAAGCCGUACUUGCUGCUCAUGUAUGUUCUUCGCCAGAGCGCCCGGCUGCAAGAGCAGAAUACAGAGGCUGUGCUGGAAAGGGCGCUCCUCGACUACAAGUCUCAGAACCCUAACGCGAGUGAUGAGGAUGCCAUCCAUCACAUUCUCAAGCACAAGCUGCCGGCAACAUUGCCCAACACGCCUGCAUGGCACCGCAGCAACCUCCAAGAUUUGUUGUGCAUGGUGGACCGCUUUGGCAUGCCGUCGUUCUUCCUCACGCUUACAACCGAUGAAGUGUCUGCCACACGCUGGCCCGAAGUGCAGUCGCUGGAGCAAAAGCUGCAGGAGUAA